AUGUUUACAUUUCAAAUCUGUAUCAAACGUCCAGCAGCCGUUUGUAUCAAACGUCCAUCGGACGUCUGUAUCAAACGUCCAGCAGACGUCUAUAUCAAACGUCCAACAGACGUAUGUAUUAAACGUCCAACAGACGUCUGUAUCAAACGUCCAACAGACGUCCUUGACGAACAUCCAGCAGACAUAUGUAUCAAACGUCCAGCAGACGUCUGUAUCAAACGUCCAGCAGACAUUUGUAUCAAACGUCCAGCAGACACCUGUAUCAAACGUCUAACAGACGUCUGUAUCAAACAUCCAGCAGACGUCUGUAUCAAACGUCCAGCAGACGUCUGUGUCAAACGUCCAACAGACGUCCUUGACAAACGUCCAGCAGACGUCUGUAUCAAACGUGCAGCAGACGUAUGUAUCAAACGUCCAACAGACGUCUGUAUCAAACGUCCAGCAGACGUCUAUAUCAAACGUCCAACAGACACGUCUGAAUCAAACGUCCAACAGACGUCCUUGACGAACGUCCAGCAGACGUAUGUAUCAAACGUCCAACAGACAUCUGUAUCAAACGUCCAAACGACGUCUGUAUCAAACGGCCAACAGACGUCUGUAUUAAACGUCCAGCAGACGUCUGUAUCAAACGUCCAGCAGACAUUACAUCCAGCAGACGUCUGUAUCAAACGGCCAGCAGACGUCUGUAUCAAACGUCCAACAGACAUCUGUAUCAAACGUCCAAACGACGUCUGGAUCAAACGACCAACAGACGUCUGUAUUAAACGUCCAGCAGACGUCUGUAUCAAACGUCCAACAUACGUCCUAGACGAACGUCCAACAGACGUAUGUAUCAAACGUCCAACAGACAUCUGUAUCAAACGUCCAAACGACGUCUGUAUCAAACGUCCAACAGACGUCUGUAUAAAACGUCCAGCAGACAUCUGUAUCAAACAUCCAACAGACAUCCUUGACGAAUGUCCAGUAGACGUAUGUAUCAAACAUCCAGCAGUAGUCUGUAUCAAACGUCCAGCAGACGUCUGUAUCAAACGUCCAACAGACGUCUGUAUCAAACGUCCAAACGACGUCUGUAUCAAACGACCAACAGACGUCUGUAUUAAACGUCCAGCAGACGUCUGUAUCAAACGUCCAGCAGUCGUCUGUAGCAAACGUCCAAAAGACGUCUGUAUCAAACGUCCAACAGACGUCCGUAUUAAACGUCCAGCAGACGUCUGUAUCAAACGUCCAGCAGACGUCUGUAUCAAACGUCCAACAGACGUACUUGACGAACGUCCAGCAGACGUAUGUAUCAAACGUCCUUCAGACAGACAGGCAGACAGGCAGACAUUCUUUAUUUCCUCUUUUACAAGAGAUUAA